GCCGUGGCCAACUUACUCGAGUGAGUCUCUUCUUCCCAUCUCUUCCCAUCUCUUCCCCGCCUUCCCGUUAACCGGGGUACCAGGGAGACGAACCGUACGGCGGUCAGCGGACGCCGCAUGACCAAACCCCCUAAAAAGAGGGGCCUAGACCGACCGGCAUUCAACGUCCCCAACGUAGCCGACAGGGGCGCCAUCGACGGCCGUAGCUUUACCUCGCGCGGACUCUCGACCUGCCUCCUGUCCAACGUCCCCUACUCGCAGCCGGGCGCGAGCAACGUCUUCGGCAUCGGCUCCGAGCACCCCUUCGCCAACUACUGGACCUUCGAGGGCGGCCUGUCCGAGGUCAUCUCGGUGCUGCCGGAGAAGAUCCAGGCCGACAUCCUCAUAUCGCACUACUUCGAGGUGGUCGACCCGGUCUACCCCAUGAUCCACCGCCAGACCUUCUACGCCGACUACGAGCAUUUCUGGAGCCUGCCGCCCGAGGAGAAGAACCGGGCCGACCCCGACUUUGUGGGCCUCAUCUUCACCAUGCUGGCUCUUGGCACGCAGUUUGUCACGUCCACGUCGCCGCAGCAGGGGAAGCAGACGGCCGAGUUUUACGCUUCGGCGAGUAACCAGGCUCUGCGGAUAUUCUCGUACCUCAGUACCGCGUCGAUACGAUCCAUACAGGCGAUGGUUCUAAUAACCUACUUUCUCAUCAACGACAAUCAUGCAUCGGACGGCUGGGCCUUCUCCGGUAUACUUAUCCGGCAAGCACAUGCUAUGGGCUUGCACAGGGAUCCGAACAUUGUCACGCCAGAUGCGAGCCCGUUUGAAAAACAACAGCGGCGAAAAUUGUGGCAGGCGGUCCUGCUACAGGACACGUUCCUGACCGUCCUCCUGUCGCUGCCGCCGUCCGCGACCCACACGGACGUGUCGGUGGAGGACCUGCAGGACGACGGGUCGGCGAUCGCGGCCAGCGACCCGACGGACCUGGCGUACAUCCGGGGCUCGUGGACGCUGGCGAACCUCGUGCAGGAGACCAUCUGCUCGCCGCGGUCGCUGGACCUGCCGAUCUGCACGACGGCGCGGCACAAGUCGCGGCUGGUGGCGGACUUCCGGGCGGUGUACCGGUCGUUCCCGGACGUGUUCCGGUCGUGGGACGCCAACAGCCUGACGGCGCUGGCGCGGUCGGCUGACGGCAGCAGCAAGCGGGUGGUGCGGCAGGCGCUGUUCCUGUCGAGCAACUACUACCAUAACCUGAUGCUGGUGCACGCGUCGGAGAGCCCCGAGGCGCCGGUCAACGUGCGCGGGGCGCUGGACGCGGCGCACGACGCCAUCACCAGCUUCUUCGUGCUGUUCAAGGCGUUCGAGCACGAGGCGCGCGUGUGGUGGGUGUUCAACCACCGCGCGUUCCUCGAGGCGCUGUGCAUCGGGAGCAUACUCCGCGAGGCGGCGAAAGAGUCGGGAGGGGAGGCGCUGCUGGCGAAGGAUCCGUUGUUUGUGCGGGCGAGGGCCGAUAUCAGUGAGUAGAGUAGUCCCCCCGCCUCAUACGAACCUUUGUAUCUUCUCUUCUUUGUGUCGUGUCGUGUUGUGCUGACGUUUUGACGGGCAGCUCGAAUGAUUGAGAUUAUGCAAAUCAUGGGAGAGGGGGAACAAGGUUCCGAUGUGGCGCGGUCACGGGUGCAAGUGCUGCGGGAGUUUCUGUAAGUGAAUGGGAAUUACGGGCUCACAGGUUUCUUGCUUCGCAUUUGGCGUUAUCAGAG